CUUCUUCUUCCUUGGUUCCUGCCUUGCGUUCAUUCCUCAUUUGCUCCACCUUGACUCUCAUUCCUCUCCUCUCCUCCCCCACUCUCCCUUCCCUAGCUCUUUCUCCUCCUUCGAGUUCACUCCAGCGUCUCUUUCUCUUUCCUGCUCUCAAAUUUCAAUAAAAAAAGCAACUUGUCAUUGAAAACAUGCCUCCAGUCCCUGAGUCCCUCGACCACUCCAAGAUCGACUUUCACCGCUACUACUUCUAUGCCACCGUUCUUAAUGUCCCGCCAAUCCUCUUUAUGUACCCUCUCCGAACCGUACGCCUUCUCCAACAAAGCAGGGCCUCAGGACCUGUCUCUAACUCUGUCUACAAGGUCAUCCGCGAUGUGCACAGGAAAAACGGCUUCCAGGCCCUCUUUGCUGGAUCGACCAUUUAUACCACUGGAGUCACCACAACAAAGAUCCUUCAGUUCGCAACCUACGACUUUGCGGCACAAAAGGUCAGGGAGAACAAGUACUUUGGGUAUCCAAUCCUCAAGGACUCCAAGGUCCUGAGCGGCGUCUUGGGUACUUUCUCGGCCAUCGUCACAACGUUCUUUAUCGUGCCAUUCGAUAUGAUCUCACAACAGAUCACCAUCGCCAAGGCAGGGACCCUGCCCAAUGCUUCAAACAUUCCACUCUAUGUCACCGGCUCCACAGAACCCCUGGAGCAGCUCAGACCCAUGAAUAUCUCCGAAUCCCUACGUGCUCAAUUCAAACAGGAGGGCUUUCGCUUCCUGUUCCGGGGAUACUUUGCUACAUUACUCUCCACAGGACCCUUCUUCGCGGCCUACUUCCCCGCGUACGAGAUCUCGCGCUACUGGAUCAAGGACUGGAUUGACUACAUCCGAGAAAUCCAAGCCGCACGAACCCCGAACCCCAAUCCAUUCCCACCACUCAGGUCUCACCAGUUCUUAAUCUCGUCUUUGGCCGGGAGCAUGGCCUCAGUCGCAGGCGUGCUGGCGUCCUCACCCUUCGACAUGGUCAAGACACGGAUCCAGACAGAACAACGACUUCAGCCGACAAACGCCUCCGGGAUCAAAUUACCACUACCCUCGCUCAGAUGGAAGGAUGUGUUCAAGGACAUCCUCAAAAAGGAAGGUCCCAUGGCAUUCUUCUCAGGCACCAAAGCACGAGCCAUCCGCGCCAUUCCAGGAGGCGCACUCAAUUUUCUGAUCUUUGACUAUGUGAGGUCCAAGAGUCUUAAGGAUGUGACCCCGCCAAAAGUCCAUGCGGAGAGACAGGUCAUGCUGGAGACACUCUUUACGCUCGACAGGCAGUUCCAGGAUUCUUCACAUGAUGACUGGUCGCAGUCGGUCCUGCUCUCGACCACGGAUGAUGAUGUGCUUGACGCCCGGAUACUGGAUCAGCCAACAACAACAACAACAACAACAACAACAACAACAGCAACAACAACAGCAACAGCAACAACAACAGUGAUAAGACCAUCUCCGUCACAACCUGAACCUGCUGGCAUGCAAGACGAGCCGAAAGAAGGUCCUGAGCAAUUGCCCCCAAUUAUCAUGCAGCAGGAGAAUUAAGACUUAUAUACCACUCGCAGUGGUAUUAGACCAUUAAAAAAUUCAAGAACAAGCAGCCUGCAAUGAAUGAGAGAUAUUCAAUAGCGAUUUCAGCCAUAUCACUAUCAGACCCUUUCGGGUAUCUAGGGGCAGGAGGGAGGGAGUUAUUUAUUCUGUACAGAUGCUCAAUGAGCAAUGUAGGGCGCUAAAUGUAUUAUAAGUUGCAUGGUAUUAAAGCAAAGCAUAGACAGUAUAAUAGUAUAAAUAUGAAAGCGUUGAGAGGAGUGGAAUGUGUUGAGAGGAGUGGAAUGUGUUGAGAAGAGUGGAAUGUGUUG